AGGCCGCUAGCGCAAAGUAGCAGAUUGUAGACAGGGUAGACAUGGCUGCUUUUGUCAAACCAGACGAUUUUUCUAGUCCAGCAUCGAUUAAAAUCCCAGCGACAAAUAGAAUACUGUCGGGUAUCCGCAACAGUUCCUUUACUUCGCCGGCGGCACGUUCGUCGUGCAGCAGUCUAGACUCACCACUUUCUGGCCGUGUAACAGCGGCGAUUCCCCCAUCACCUUUCAUGGAGCGAAUAGGCUACGGCACAGGAGUUUCGGUGUAUCUGUUUCAAAGAGGUUCGAAGUCAGAUGGUUCAGGAUUAUCCCCAUGGGCCAUCAAGAAAACCCGGGCCAGAACCUGCAACAAUGGCAACGCCGACAACAAACAAGACAAAGUGGAGAAAAUGCUUGCAAAAGAAGCUCAAAUUCUCAAGGAACUGAAGCAUGAUAAUAUUGUCGGGUUCCGAGCUUUCAGCCGGAAUGUCGACGGUAGUCUUUGCUUGUCUAUGGAGAAUGGGGAGCAAUCAUUGUGUGACCUGAUUGAAAGAAGAGACGAAGAAGACCUGGGCCCCUUCCCUGCUUCCAAUAUCUACCAUGUUGCCCUUGCCCUUGCCAGGGCUCUUAACUACCUCCACAAUGAGAAACAUAUCCUACACGGGGACCUCAAGAGCGGCAACGUGCUGAUUGGCGCUGACUUCCAGUCUGUCAAGCUCUGCGAUUUUGGUGUGGCACUGAAACUGGAGAAGGACCUGACUUGCACGCAGGAUGCAGACAACCACUACAUCGGUACAGAACCCUGGAGCGCUCCAGAGGUCAUCCAAGAGGAAGGUGCAGUCACAGAUAAGGCAGACAUCUUCUCCUACGGUCUCGUCCUCUGGGAAAUGAUGGCAGUGACUCUCCCUCAUGUGCAUCUACUGAGUAAUUCAAUAGAUGACAGUGCAGAGGAUGAAAGUUUUGACGAGUCGCUCUACGAGGCCAGAUAUCAAGCAGCUCUCGGCACCCGGCCCCCUCUGCCUGACUACCCUCUAAGCCCUGCCUACAACUUCGCAAUCAGUCUGUUCUUGGCGUGCACGGAAGACCUUCCAGCCAAAAGACCCUCAGCCAGCUUCAUUGUGGAGUUGCUGGAGUCCAUUCCAGUUCCUUCUGAUCACAGCGCUGCCGACUUCAUAGAGGAUAAGGAAAAUGUGCCCAUGGACUGAAAUAAGUGAAUGGAGUUGUCACGAUGCGGUGUGCAGGUAGUGAUGUAGUAUUUGUCCUAGACUUGAUUUGCAGGUAGUCCGUAACAAGCGCAGUAAAGCUGUCAUGGAGGUCGCAUUCAACACAAUUGGCAGUGCUACCCAGGGAAAUUCUAAGCAUACCUCAAAAGCAUGCAUUUAGUUUGAUACAGUGCACUCGAGUCUGCUCCAAAUUUCCUGGGUAGUGCUGCCAAAGUUCCCAAAACUGGAUUUGAUUAUCUUAUUGUCGAUAGCAAUCUGUAACACCACGGUGGCUUUACGACAUUUUGCAAGGACCAGCUGCAUUGUGGCCAAAUAUGACCAAACUGGGGACAACAACCUGAUGUUUUUUAACUUAAAAUACAUUCCUUCAAGAAAUUACAUGGCACAAUCAUGUAACUCAUGCAUGAACACAAAUUUGUUGGCCCGCAGCUUCCGAGAUAUUUUCGAUUUAGCUUGUUUACUUCACCAAUCAUGACCAAAAUGUAAAUAGAUGUAAAUGUGAUAUCUGUACUGUAGUAUUUGCUUCAUUCCUUGGUGAUUCAGUAAAGGUUCUUUAAGGUUUCUUUUAAAAGAAACAGCCAGAAUUUACAACUUAAAUGUUUCUACUUAUCAGAAGUUUGUAUAUGUAUAUAUAUUCGUGUACAGUAUGCUGUAACUUCAAGAUUAGAAUAGAAGUGCUGUGGGCUCCGUGCGGAAACAAGACAGGGGCUUUUUUUACCACUUUCUAGAGCUCCAUGGACAGGACACACUGCAAGUGUAAUGGAGCGAAGUUUGCACACCAAACUUUAUUCUGAGUGUUCAGAAUUAAAAGAAUUAGCGUCUUUGCGUGAGCAUCAGGCGUUGUCAGCUAUGCGUUUACAUGUCCCUCCCAGUGAUCUCCCGCAAUUCUCCUUGUCUUGCCAUUGAGGGGGUACUUGUGUAUGGAGCCCAUAACAUUUUUUAUUGUUUUGGGGACGUAGGAUUGCGAGCGUUAAAUUAAUAAAGCACUGUAAAUUGCAACGCCAGAACCACAUACAAAUGUACACACAAUGGGAGAGUUGCGGCCAGUUAAAAACAGCUUUAUAGCCGAGAGUGCUGUAUCUACUGUAUUCAGCUUUAUCUUGUUAUACAUGUAACUGCUACUUUUUUUUAUACACAUCACUUCCUGUCAAAUUGAAUCUUGUAUUAUACAUAACAUUGAAGCGCAAGGCUAUGGUACAGCUCAUUCAACAAACAUGAUGACAAGUUUAUUCACAAGAGUCAAGGCUAAAACUGCUACACGGCACUGAUUGCAGUUUAAAAAUAGGAAUUUUUGAGGGACUUAAAAAAUUCUGGUUGUCACAUCCAAAUACAAAGACACUGGUUCCCUUCACAGAGGUUAAUUUUGGAGAAUCUGGAGUUCUGUUGAAUUCUUCAAAAAGCUUUAUAUGUUAUUAUGUACAUUUACCUUCAAUUAAAAGCAUUUUGGAUUGAAA